AAAAAAAAAAAAACUUCUAAAUUCUAUUUGGAUUUUUAAGAUCUUGCACAUACCCCUUCAACCUCACCACUAAAUUCUUUCUUUUUUCUUUUCUCUUAUUUAGAAAGUGAUUAAUAGUAACACCGUCGAUUGUUACUACUUCCACCAUUUCUCAUUCUCGUUAUCUUCUUCAACUCCUUUCAAAGGUUAUUUAAAUUACAGCAAUGGGGGGUUGUUUGAGUAAGAAAACUGAUGGUACGUCAUCUGAUAUCAACCUUAAUGCUGCUGAUAUGGCAACUGAACUGAGGUCUUAUGAGGCUGCUUGCAAGCUUGACUCUGAUUUGCAGUCCUUUGGAACCACCCUUCAAGCUCGAACAAAUCAGGUCAUCAAUACUCUUGCAGUUGGAGUCGAAGUUCGAUCCCUUUCUUUCGAUUCCCUCAAACAAGUCACAGAAUGCCUUCUCGAGAUGAAUCAGGAAGUUGUCAAGGUAAUAUUGGACUGUAAGAAAGAUAUAUGGAAGAGUCAAGAACUGUUUGAGCUUGUUGAGGAGUAUUUUGAUAAUAGCUUGAAGACUCUAGAUUUAUGCACCGCUUUACAGAAAUGCUUAAAGAGAGCCAAGGAUAGUCAAUUGCUUAUUCAUGCGGCCCUUCAAAAGUUUGAAGAGGAAACUGGGUCCGGAGAGAAUCGGUAUACGAGGACAUUACAGGAACUGAAGAGUUUUAAGGAUGCCGGCGACCCUUUCACCGAAGAAUUCAUCCAAAUAUACCAAUCUGUUUAUAAUCAGCAAAUACUCAUGUUUGAGAAGUUGCAACUCAGAAAAAGCAAGUUUGAUAAGAAACUGAAACAAAUCCGUACUUGGAGGAAGGUAUCGUUUAUCAUAUUUGUAGUCACGGUCGCUUCUGUGUUGAUUUGCUCGGUUGUAGCAGCAGCGGUUGCUUCUCCGCACGUUGCGGCUGCUCUAGCUGCUGUUACUGCUAUCCCAAUUGGUUCAAUGGGAAAGUGGAUCGACUCGCUUAUGAAGAACUAUGAAAAUGUAUUGAAAGGACAUAAGGAAGUAACUAUCUCAAUGGUAGUCGGGUCCUAUGUAGCCAUAAAGGAUUUGGACAACAUCCGUGUUUUGGUGAAUCGACUCGAAGUUGAGAUUGAGUCUCUACAAGAGAAUGUGGAUUUCGCCAUUGAGGAAGAAGAAGCUGUGAAGGUUGCAAUAGAGGAAAUCAAGAAGAAGUUGGGAGUGUUUAUGAAGAAUGUCAAAGAUUUAGGAGCUCAAGCUGAUACAUGUAGUCGUGACAUUAUAAGGGCGAGGACGGUGGUUCUACAAAAAAUCGUUAAACUUCCGCAUAGCUGAAGAUGUUUUUCUGUAUUGUCAACCAGUAGUCGUCAUUGUAGAAUUGAUCUGUUCAUGUUUCUUUAUGAAAUUUCAUGAUUUUCAGUUAUCAUGAUGGAUCCACACAAACUUGGUUUUUUUAUUUAUAAUAGUACACUGCUGACUUGUAUUUAUUUGGCAGGAAGCUAAAACUAUUUUCAUUCUUUUCAAGACUAUAGGGUACUUAUGUUUGUAAUUAUAUAUUGUAAUGCAACAUUUAUUUGUGUUAAACUUCUUGUUUGUUUGUAAAA